AUUUAACUCCUAUUUAAUCAAAAUUCAAUCUCUAAUAAUAAUAAAUAAAAAUUAAAUCAAUCCUAGAAGAAGUUAAAAAAAAUUAUUCUGAAAGAAAAUAAAAAUCAGAUAAAUCCAUUACCAUUUGGAGGAAGUUAAAAACAUUUAAAAAGAAAAUUAGUCCAAAAGAAAAGUUAUAGAAAAACGAAAAUCAAAUCAGCCCAUUACCAUUUGGAGGUCCAUUGGAAUAUUAGAAUUUAGAAGUGGUUAAAAACAUUUAUUCUGAAAAAAAAGAAAAAAAAAAAGCUAAAAUCAUUUCCAUCGCCGGAAUCGAAACCCGGGUCUUUCGGGGGAGAGCCGAAAAUCCUAACCGACCAGAAUACAACAGAUUCCCGGCGCUAGAAAACAUGAAAAAAAUCGAGAAAUUAUGGCGGCAAAACAUUAAAAUUCCGUUGCCGGGAAUCGAACCCGGGUCUUUCGGGUGAGAGCCGAAUAUCCUAACCGACUAGACUACAACGGAUGACUGUAGGAUUUUGUAAGCUUAACAUGUUGUGAUCUGAAUCCACCCCGAGGCGAAAUAAACCGUCUAAUCUUAGUACAACCUUUGUCAUCCGCUGCCUUUCAUUUCAAUCAGAAUGGAAUCGCCUCUCCCUCCUUCCUCCUUUUUUUUUUUUUUUUUCAUGUACGCGUAUUUCCCUUUGAAUUCAAUUCCAUUCACAUGUAUUCUUGUUAACCAGGUACCCUUUCUGGCUCAGAUUGUUGGUGUUUCAAUAGUUCCACUGCUACUUUCUUAAGUUUCUCUAAUUUCCAUACCUUACACGAACUUAAUUAUUUUUUCACAGUUUGUUAUAAUCUGACACAUUUUUAUCUCUGUCCAAUCCGAUUGCACUUUAACUACCAUUACCAGUUUUGUGAAUCUUAUAGUUCCUUUCUGUUCUGGUUAUGGCAAUUUGUGCCCGAAACAUUCCCCCACUUUCCCUUUGCCCACCAUACAGAGAAACCACAAAACCCAAUUAUGUUCCAGUUAUGAGUAGUUUGUUAUCCACAAAAGCUGUAAUUUUUGGUAUUUGUAAAUCCCAGAUUCAACUACCUGUAUUAGCUACAGCUAAUGUAGACGAAAGCGGAACAGUAGAAGUAAAACAAGAUAAGCCAAGGUUUAAGUGGGCUGAGAUUGGCCCUAAUAUUACAAAAUCACAACAACAGGCUAUAUCUGAACUCCCACCAAAGAUGACUAAUAGAUGUAAGGCACUUGUGACGCAGAUAAUUUGUUCUUCUUAUCUACUGCAGAAUGCUAGUCUAUCAGAUUUGUUGAGUUCUUGGGUUAGGAUUAUGAAGCCUAGGAGAACUGAUUGGCUUUCGGUCCUUAAACAAUUGAAGAAUAUGGAGCAUCCUCUUUAUCUUGAGGUGGCCAAACAUGCCCUGGUUGAAGAAUCUUUUGAGGCCAAUGUUCGUGACUACACAAAAGUCAUUUAUUGUUAUGGGAAGCAAACCCAGCUUCAAGAUGCUGAAACCACUCUCUUAGAUAUGAAGAAAAGAGGGUUCGUAGUCGAUCAGGUAACCUUAACUACCAUGAUUGACAUGUACAGCAAGGCUGGGAAUUUUAAUCAGGCUGAAGAAACUUUUGAAGAGCUCAAGCUGCUUGCCCACCCAUUGGAUAAAAGAGCAUAUGGUUCAAUGAUCAUGGCCUACAUCAGAGCUGGAAUGCCUGAUAAAGGAGAGGUUUUACUUAGAGAAAUGGACGCCCAAGAAAUUUAUGCAGGAACUGAAGUUUACAAGGCAUUGUUAAGAGCAUAUUCCAUGGUUGGUGAUGCUGAUGGAGCUCAGAGAGUGUUUGAUGCAAUUCAGUUUGCAGCUAUUCCUCCAGAUGUCAAGGUGUGUGGACUCCUUAUAAAUGCUUACCUAGUGGCAGGACAAAGUCGUAAGGCACUUGUUGCAUUUGAGAAUAUGAGGAAGGCUGGUAUUCAAGCUAAUGAUAAAUGUUUAGCCUUGGUAUUGGCUGCCUAUGAGAAGGAAAACAACCUCAGCGAGGCCCUGAGCUUACUGCUCGUUUUGGAGAAUGAGGGGAUCAUGGUUGGAAAAGAAGCUUCAGAAAUACUAGCCAAGUGGUUUAGAAGAUUGGGAGUGGUGAAAGAAGUUGAGCUGGUCUUGAAAGAAUAUGUUUCAAAGGAAGCCAGCUGCCGGAUUUCUGAAAAAUAAAAUCAUCUCCAGAUCUUUGUUGCACCCGUUAUUAGUGUCAGUUCUCCUCCUGUAUAUAUGUGGCCAAGAAUAUCGAAUGGUAGAUUAUUUUGUCAUCAUUACGGUAGCUGGGGUUUCUUGUUUUUGAAUGAGAUCACUUCCUAACCAUCAUUAGCUAUCUGUGGUUUUUGUAAGCGAUUGUUUAGGACGCUAACAAACACACAGAGCAUACAAAAGAAAACCACUUUAAUCUACUUUCUUUUUAUCUUAUUUUCCAUCAACUCCUGCCGCCAUUGUAUUAACAGGUGAGUUCUUUUUCUUUUCUUUUGUUUGGUCAAUUGAUGUGAAAUCUCAUAUUUAUUUACAGUAGAUAAUUUUGAGGUUAGGGCUUUGAUUUUGUAAUUUUCUUUUUUUUGAUA